GGAAAUUGAACAAUCAGGAAAUAGGUUUAAGACAGGCAGAUAUUUCUGAGAAGAGUUUAUUGUGCAACAGUAAAAUUAUUCGCCAUGGAAAUUGAUUUUACCUUUCUUAAAUCUCGUAGAGGUAUUCUUAAAGUUUCAGAGAUGGUGACUGUUUUCGUAGCCUUUGUGUGUUUCGCAACAGCACGUGGAGCUCCCUACAUCGCAGCCACUUGCAUGGAGUUCGUAAUAACUCUCGCACUCUUCCUCCUUUUCCUGCUGAAGCUCAACAAGAAGAUCACUUUUAUCUUCUGGCCUCUUAUUGAUAUUUUUAACUCAGCCUUUGCAGCACUGUUUGUGUUUAUUCUGAGUGUCAUUGCUCUUACUACGUACUCAGCGGAAGGAGCCCUGGGUGGUGGGAUUGUGGGACUAAUAGCAGCAGCUCUCUGGUCAGUGGAUGCUUAUCUGUUCUUCAAGAGAAUAACUUUCAACCAGCCAAGAACUACUGAAGUCUCUGGAGUGAAAUAAUCGGCACCAAGCGUCUGGAAGACCUGUGUUUAUGUCAUGAGUUGUCAACUAUCUAUGAUAUCUGUUAGGUAUAUUUGAGGAACCAUUCUUUUAAUUUUGUAUUAGGCUUCAUUAUCCCCAUCCUAAUGUAGAAAACUCCCCUGAAAUCAAACUUUGCAGGUAAUCUUAAAAUAGACCAAAACCAGUGUAAACUUCAGUCAAUAAUAACAUAAAAGACUAUCCACUUACUGUAUUACCCUGGUAUUGUGCAAUGCAUUAAUGUGGUGCAUUGUAAUGUUUUGAAUGGAAGGAGUGCAUAUUCUUGGUGCUUUGUAUGUCUUUUGAAUGUGAAUAAGUUUUAUUUCUUUCAUAAUAAUGUAAAUGCACAAAUUAUCAACUUCAUAAAUAAAUGCAUACUACACAAUGGCUA